CUGAAAAAAAUGUUGAAGCGAGAAAUUCAAUCCCAAACUCCAUAACUUGGGAGGAAGAGAGAGAAAGUUUAGAGAGAGAAACAAGAAUUUUUCUUUAGAACUCUCUGAAUAUAUUAUCUUUGAAUUAACAAUUUAAUCAGUAAUUUAAUUUGGAUUAAUUAAUAAAACAAAUUAUAGUCGGUGACAAAUUCUCACUUACAAUUCACAACCAAACACGCCCCCUAUUUUCUCUCUCCUCUGCUCGGCGGCCGGUGACAUUGCCGCUUUCACUGUAUCGUCUUUCUCUCUCCUUUUCAUGGGCGAUCUUUCGGUUUUUUUAAGAUCUGAGAGACAUCUGGAGGUUUUAAGUUAUCGAUUGAGCUCGCGCCUUACUCAGCUUGUUACACACUGAUCUCAGUGAGGAUAUAUUUCGUGUUUGAGGGCACAAGGGGUGUGUACUGAGGCAAAGAGGUUUUUCAAAAGAAAAUUGCAAAGACACGUCCACUUCUAGCAUUUUGUUGACGUUGUGAGCAACACAAGAAGUUAUCAUGGUGUUGAAGAAGGAUGAUCACACUGCUGCCUUUUCCCGGGCAACAGAUGAUAGUGAGGAUUCUGAGGGGAGGAAGGACAGGAAAGGUUUUGGGCAGGAUAGUGAUGGCAGUUCCAUAGCUAAUGAAGCGAAGGAGGUUUUUUGCUCUGGCACGGAUAAAAAUGAUAGAAGUGGGUCAUUUGAGAGUGGUCUAGUUAACAGUUCGGGUCAAGGAGUUGAGGCAGUUGAUUUGAGGAAUAACCCUGAGAGUCCGGGUUUAGGCAUUGAUAUAGAAGACAAGCACCUUGAAUCUAGAAAGCAGAAUCAAUUUUCAGAAGACACUAUUCAGAGAUUAUCCGUAUCGCCUAGUGACGAUUGUGAUGGCCAGAGCGAGAAGGCUAUGCAGUCGAAUGAAGCAAUGGAGUCGGAUGAAAAGUUUGAACCAUCUUUGCAAACAUCUACUGCAGAUGAUGUUGAUGAAUCUGAUGUUGAGGAAGAAGAUGUAAAGGUUUGUGAUAUAUGUGGCGAUGCUGGCCGUGAAGAUUUGCUCGCCGUAUGUAGUAGGUGCAGUGAUGGUGCAGAGCACACGUAUUGUAUGCGAGUGAUGCUUGAAAAAGUUCCAGAAGGUGAUUGGUUUUGUGAAGAAUGCAAAUAUAAUGAAGAACUAGAAGCACGGAGACAGGAGCAUGUGAAACAGCUAGGUAGUAAUGAAAGAAGUAAAUCUCUUGGAAGGACAAGCUCCUCAAACUCAGAACAUUCUUCCAAGUUGGAUAAAAAAGACUCCUUCGGGGAACGUAGUAAAUUGAAAACUGUUAGUCUAAAUAAACAACUUUCGGCAAAGAGGUCUGGAGAUAGCAUUGAAGCUGGUCCAACAGCAAAAAAGCAGGUUUUUGAGUCAAGUGCAGGUUCGCCAACUGCAUUAAGUCCUAGUCGAGUGCCUGUGUUGUCUAGGGAUUGUUCUUUUAAGAACUUGGAUAAGACAAAAGGGAAGUCUAUAAAUCAAUUAUCGACAGGCACUGAAUCUGCUGGGGAUUCUUCUGAAAGUACACGUUCUCCUACUAGAAAUUUGGCUCACAUCCUGAAAGGUAAUUUUGCAAAGUCAAAUUCCUUUGGCUCCUCUAAUUUGAAGUCAAAUGUAAAGGUGUCAGAAGAAGUUGUUCAAAAGCAAAAGCAAGGUGAUGUUGACGUAAAGGACGGGCCAGGAAAAUUUGUCGGGAAAUCUAUGUCUUUUAAAGGAUUAGGUCGUUCAAGUUUGACAGAACCGAAAGUCAAAAUGCUCUCUCCUAAAUGUGCUCCUGUUCAGGAAUUGAAAGGUCAAAAGCAAGGUAGAGAUCGUAGUUCAUUUGAAAGAAAGAACUCUAUCAAAUUGGACCAUUCUAUUCCUGUUCAAACGGCAGCUAAUUCUACCAAGCGUCUUCCUCGUGUUGAUAACAUCUCAGCUUUAUCUGUAAGCAAUAGUCGCGAUUACAAGAACGCACAAUCUGAUGGAAAACUGACUAGUUUGUCAAAGCAGGCGAGCAAUUUGGCUCAUAAAUCUCCGGAUGCCAUAGGUUUUUUAACAGGUGAAGUUAAGAGGCUGUCAGCGACAAAUAUCAGGGGAUCUGGAACUAGUGGCUCUGCUGAAGGAAAGUCCAGCCAUGUCAGCUUAAAGGAUGGGGCAACUAUAAAUUCUUCUCGGGCUGUUGAUGGAUCAGUCGUUGGUACCAAUGGGGCCAAGGUAGAAGUUCUUGACAAUCAGAACGAAAAAGCACUAGAAAAUACUUUUGGUCGCUCUAGACAAGGUGUUAAUGGUGCUUUGGUUAGUGGAAAUCGCCGAGGGAUUUCCUCAGAUGCUACCCUGUUGAGAGCAAAAGAUGGGAUACAUGAAGAAAAUAAACUAAAAGCCGCAAUUGAGGCGGCAAUGCAAAAAAAGCAGCACAUAUUUAAAAAGAAUAAGAUUCCUGGCAAGGUUAAUGACUUUUCAGUGUCAAUUAGUCAAGGAAAUCAUGUAGGAGAUGCAGUUUCCAAUCAAGCAAUAGAUUUAGUAGCUGAGGAAGCAGCUCAUGCGAGAGAUACGGGACUUUCUAACCACACAUCAAACUCUUUCAAACAUACAUCUAAUUAUAGUGCUAAGGAGUUUAAAGUACACCCUGAUGAUUUUGUCAUUUCUUCUGAAGAAGACUCUGUUCUCACAUUGUCAGCCGUUCCUGAACAAGAAGCUAUCUGGCAGGGAGGUUUUGAGAUACAUAGAAAUGGAAAAGUUUCAGAUGUAUGUGGUGGGUUCCAAGCACAUUUGUCAAGUUUUGCAUCUAGUAAAGUGCUUGAAAUGGUGAGAAAGCUUCCGCAGAAAAUUGUUUUUAACGAAGUAUCUCGACCCUGUGCAUGGCCUAUUCAGUUCAAGGAAGCUGGUGCUCAGGAGGAUAAUAUUGCCUUAUAUUUUUUUGCCAAAGAUCUUGAAAGUUAUUUGAGGAGUUACAAGAAUAUGUUGGAGUAUAUGAUGAAGCACGACUUAGCUCUUAGAGGAAAUGUCAAUGGGGUUGAACUUCUUGUAUUCCCAUCAAACCAACUUGCUCAUAGAUCACAGCGGUGGAAUACUUUAUUUUUUAUGUGGGGAGUAUUCCGAGGAAGGAGGGCACAUUGUCCAGAUGACAGAGGUUCUUCUUUGAAGAGGCCUGAAAUUUCUGUUUCUGUUUCUAAUACGGUCCCUAGAGACAAAGAUGUUUCCCUAGCUGCUUGUCUAUCUGAGGAUACAUGUUUGCAGAGGCGUGCAAUAGAAGACUUGUCUGUAUCAGGCGGUGAUACUGUUGUAUCGAGAUGUGAGGCUCCUGUUUUAGAUGGGUCGUCUCUUCAAAAGUCUGGCUGUUUGUCAAAUGGAGACUGUUAUGACCAGGGAUGCAAAGUAGGUAGGACCUGUUUGAGCUCACAAACCCGCCAAGGAAACCUUGAGAAAAGAAUCAAAAAUAGUUCUUCAAUUUUAGGUGGUUCAGAAGCAUGUUCAGUAUCAGAGACUGCUCCUCUGGAAGAUCACAGUCAGCUAGGUCCUAAUGUAAGUGUUCAGCAUCAGCACUCAAAACAGGAAGUUGAUACUGGCGAUAAUCUUCAUGAGCCCAAGAAGUCGUCAUCAGAUCUUAUGUUGGAGAAACGAGAUAAGUCAGCUCAUUCUUCCAAGCUGCUUACGGUGGGUAAGCAAGAGGGUUCCUCUGUUUUCGUUUUAGAAGAAGGGGAAGUGCUACAUAAGGUAAGCAACAAUGUUGAUGAGAAACCUGAGAAUAGCUUGAAGCAAGAAGAUAAGUGUGUGGAUAACAUACAGAAACUUGAGAAUAAUGUGGAGCAAGUGGAGAAGUAUGAUGAAGUUAAGUUGAAACGGGAGGGAAGAAUGAAGCAAGAAGGGUAUGUGGAUAUAAAUGUUUCUGCCGAUGGUAGCAUGGAUGACCUCAACGGGUUACAAUGUUCACCCAAAACACAUUUAGAUGAAGAUUCGAAACCUACAAUAGAAGCUGUUUCUGUGAUCCCAAACCAAAAGAGGCCAUGGGCAAAUAGGGAAGACGGCUCAGAGGGCAGUGACCAAGCAUGCAACAGUAAAAGAAUAAAAGAGGAUGAUGGCUAUUAUGGGUGCGAGCUACGUAGUCUUCCGAGUUCUUUUGGUGAUAAUAGGUUUUCAUCCCAAAUUCAAGAUGUGAGCACUAGCUCACGUAUUGAGGAUACAUCUAAUGAAGCUGUUGACACGAAAUCAACUUCUGAGAGAUGCUUCUUUCUUGUGGAUUCACAUGCUGCACAAAGUGUCUCGUCGUCAGGAGAUCACUCGUCGUCACCUUGGAAAGUGCCUUUGUUAGGAAAUGAAAAUCGUGGAUCUCCGAACUUGGAACUGGCUUUAGGAGUCCAAAAGAACAAGUCAAGAAAAGGAGUUUUGCCUUUCUUUGCUGGGAUAGUUGAUAGAAAAGGCCCUGACAGGCCUCCUGACAUAGCAGCAUCACCAAAGGAAAAGGACGAAGAUGCCAGUGCUUCUCUCUCUCUUUCCCUCGCAUUUCCAUUCUCGGAUAAGGAAAACCCAACAAGGUCUGAAAUGCCCCUGACAACUCUUGAACAGGCACUUCCUGCAAGUGGUGGUGAGGCGAAUACUUCACUGCUGCUUUUCAGGGGUUCAUCAGGCAAAUAGACAGGUCAGUUCUCAUAUGUAUAUUAAUUAUUUCGCAUAUGGCAAAUUAGUCGGUCAUAUAGAGAGGACCCAUGCUCCUAUGUUCAUAACCAACCCCACAGGAUAUGUUAAUAUUUUACCCUGCCCUAAAACCUUAAAAUCUCCACUCUUCUUUUCUUAUUUUCCCCUCUUUUGGUUGGUUGGUGCAUAGGCAUGCACGGCUCUUUGUAUAUAAAGAGAAUAGUAGCCGUCACAGACCUCACAGUCCACAAUUGCAUAAACAGCUGUUCUAUGUAACGAAAAUUGUUGUCUAGUUUUGUCUAAUGUACUUCAAUUAACAAUUUCUUUACAAGAUAGCGAAAUAAGUUUUAUGUAUUAUCUUGUUCCGAGUAGUAAAGAAGGAUGAGAUUUAUAGUGUUAACUUUUAUACAUAGUUUUUACUUUUGUACUGGGGAGAACAGUGUGUUAAAACUGUUAAUCAUGAGCUUGGCCUGUGGUUGAGCCAGGCAAUGGAUUGUUGGACCAAGUAUUUUUGGUGGGUGUUUACAAGUCUGGAAAUGAUGACAAUUCUUGCAGCUUAUUAUGUUUACCAAUAUGGUAAAACCGCGGACUGGGAUGAACUGUAAUUCACGUCAUAUUCUGAUACAACGAGUCUCUCAUCUUGCCGAGGAAUGUAAUUCGUAUUGAUCUUGAGAUUGGCUUGUUUGGACUUCGUCUUGGAUUGAAAAUGCUUGUGUUUCACACUCGGGCUAACUAACAUGAAUAUGAAGUACAUGAUACUCGGGAGUGCAAUUCGAAUUAAGCCUGAGAUUGGCUUGGUUGGAUUUCGGCUUGGAUUGGUUUGCCACAUGAUGAACACCCUCCCUUUUGAAUAAAAGGUAACGCGAAGGGAUAGAGGAAAAACAAUCAUCUGUGUUAACGGAGGAAGCCAUCGACCAAGCUUGAGAUGCAAGGUGCCGUUUUGAGGGAAAUGCAGGUUGUCCGUAACUUUAUAAAGGCAUGCUAUCACCUGUUUAGGUUAGGUUCGCCUGAAUUUUGUAAUCGAUCAGUUUGUAUUCUAUCCAUCUUCGAUAAGUUGGCAUAACUUGUACUUUCUUUUUUUGAUGGGAAAGGAGAGUGGCAUAACUUGUACUUACUGAAGAAGAAAAAUAAAAAUGAGUAUCAAUGAAAUUCUCAGCUGUCUCCAAAA